CAUGGCUUUACCAAGUCAAGUCCUCGUGCUCGGCGCACCUGGAUUUACCACUGAAGAGCUUGUCGAGAACAUCGUGCGCAAGGUGGAUGCGUCCCAAGAGAUCGCAUGGACUACUGCUGCCUCUUCUGUGCAUCGUGCCCAUGGAGUGACGAUCUCGACCAAGUAUUAUGCCGCUCCAGUGGUUUUCCAUGUGCACUCACACAAGUUUGACGGCGAUUGGGCAGCGUACGAGGCUUGUCUUCUUGUAUGGGAUACCAAUGAUUCAACCUCGUGGUGCCAAGUGCAAGACUCUGUCGACCGAAUGGGCGAGCAUUCAUAUGAUGUGCUACUCGCAGUAGCCUUUGGGUCGUUGGACCACUCCAACAUCAUUGAAACCACGGCCGAUUGGUGCCUCGAGCAUGGGGUCGAACAAGUGGUUGUUACUCCUGUCGAGUCUUCGAACGACGAUCCAAUCUCUACCUCAGUUGACGGCACAACGGGUGUCGAUCGCAUCGUGGAAGCUCUCGAAUGUACAAUGUGGACAUCAAUGGAAAUGAAGAAUGGCCACGCACCUCCAUCCCAAACGUCCUCGUUGAAUGCGCAAACUUCUCCCUGCAAGCGUGACACUCAGCCUCGCGACGCGGUCUUCUCCAACGUGGUCGAAGCACCUGACCGGAGCACAUCUGCACCUUCUACCUCCACUUCCGUGCCGGACAAAGACAGAGAAAGCGUUGAAGAGUUUGAAUCGCUUCUGCAGGAAGUACAGGCAAUUCGAUCGCAGAUGCACGGUGUCUCGGACGACGAACGAAGAAAGCGCGCUGCCGACAUGGCCAUGCGUCUCUGGGAAAUGAUGGGAGCUGGCGACAGUGAUUCCGGACGAGAGAGCGACUCGGAUUAACGAACGAUGUAGCAUUGUACAAGACAAACGUUUGCAUGUAUCUGGCUGUGGCUUUACUCUUCCAUUCAGC